CGGCUCUGUCGGCGGGUCCGUGGGCGGGUCCGUCAGGUCCGUCACCGAAAGCCUGUAGGUCCCUUCCCCGUCGCUCCAGGCACCGGCGGACACGUAGUAGGUGCCGCCCUCGGUCGCCGUGAAGGUCACAAGCGCGUUCCGGUCCUGCCCCCGAUUGUUGUCCUCCGUCCCCGCGAUCAGAUUCCCGUUCGAGUCGUGAAUCCCCCGCAGAUACGGGUCGUACAAGGUCCCGGCAUCCGUCGCCGAGCCCUCCAGGUCGAACCGGUAGGUCCGGCCCGCCUCAAGCGUCACCGCAAACCAGUCCGAGUCCCCGCCAUG